GCGAGAACUGAGUGAAGUCGCCAAGUUGGAUGGGAGGGCGCCGCCGUUUUUGUUUUUGGGGAAGUGAACUGGACUCUCUGCGAAAGUGAGGCAACCGGAGGAAGAGAAGCAGCCCGUGAACGGACAGGCGGAGUUGGCAGGCAAGUCGGUGCUUUGGGAGAGGUGGAGGCUGUUGCUUUUCACGGUUGCCUCGGGAAUUUGAGAAGAGACGGUUGGUUCCGGGCGGCGUUCUCCUUUCCUCCCGCCUUCGCUGGGACGCGCGAGGGCAAGCGCAAACGACCCCCGGGGCAGCCGCAGAGUUCUGAGCAGCGCCGUAACGGCACUGAAGCGGGGAGAGGACGGAGGCGGUUUGCUGUAAGCAAUUUACAACAGCUAUGACACCUGCUGUCCAAGAGAAAACAAUGAAAAGUCAUGGUGUCUAUUUAUCAUCUUCUUUACCUUCAAGAGAGAUGGAGUCCAGUGAAACAAUAGCAAUGGAAAGUACUAGACCAGUAAAAGAGAAGAUAAAUGAUGGUUCUGCUACAAGUUUUUCUUGUUCUAUUUUGUUUCCUGCUUCUCAAGUCAACCACAAUAUUGAUUGCUUUAACUUAAAAUACUUUGAUCCCCAGUCAUCUAAACAUUGUUCUUUAUUAAUGAAUCCUAAUUUAACAUUCAGUGUAAACAAUAACAAUUGUAUCCAGAAGAACUUAGAAGAGCAUAAUUGCUCCAAAUCGAGAAAUCCUGUAAGUAACAGCACUAAUACACAUUUUAAUCAGAGUAUUAAUUCAGAAUCUGGAGAACAAGUUAGAGGAGAUGUUGUAUCAGGAACAAGGAAAAGCUUUCUGAAAACAGAGAGAUUACUGGAUUUACACUUAACUGAAUUGAAGAACACAGAAGAAAAGCAGUUUCCAAACUAUAAGUGGUAUCGAACAAAUGGUUUUUAUGGCAAGGCUUUAUUUGUUAAUCCUAAUACAAAAAAAGGAGGUUUGUUCCAUCAAAUACUCAAUGAUGCUCCAGAAGUAACAAGAAAUUGCAAUCCUGGCAGCAAAGAACAGGAAUUAAAUUUUCAGUUACUUCAGUGCGUAAGCAAGCAACAGACUUUGUUAAACCGGGCCAAAAGAAGUCAGAAACGCUUGCAAAUUUUAUUAGCAAAGCAUAUUGUCAAACAUUGUGACCAGCAGAUGAAAUGCUUUGUGAAACAUCAGCUACAGAGAAUGAAAGCUUUUCAUGAUACAAACAAUCUUUUGGAUGGAAACAAUGAAAAAUGUACUAUGGUUAAAGUUAAAAACUCCCUAGAAGCUGGUAGGAAUAAAGACACAUGGUCUAAUUUGGGUUCCGCACCUGAUGAAAUCAAGCUGUUUGCUUGUUCUACAGCAGAAUUGCUGUCUCAAGCGGAAGAAAGUUUGGAUUCGGAAGCAACUUGUAGCAGCUCAAGUGAAGAUGACGAUGAGCAGAUUUCCAAAACAAUUCUGCCAAUUAACUGUAGAUCUGACUGGAAAUGGUUGGUAGAAAGAGCUAAAGUUGGCUGUCAGUGGACAUGGCUUCAGGAUCAGAUUUCUGAGCUGGAAUACAAAAUUCAACAACUUACUGACCUUCACAGACAGAUUCGUGCCACCAAGGGAAUGGUGAUUUUAGAAGAAUGUUCAGUCCCAAAAGAAAUCUUGAAGAAACGUACACAAUUACCAGAUCAAGAGGCAUUGAAUUCUAUAGGGAAUUCACAAACUUUCCUACAGAGGCAGGAUGUUUGGCCAGAACAUGAUUUUGAAAUGUCACCCAGCAGUCCAACUUUGCUUCUUCGUAAUAUUGAAAAACAGAGUGCUCAGCUGAGUGAAAUAAUAAGCAGUCUAAUUGCUCCCCUUAAUCUGUCUCCAACAUCAUCUUCACUUUCUUCAAAAACCUGUAAACAGAAUGAAUUGGUUAAUGGCAUCUCCUUAAGAGAAUCAGAGAACAAGGAAGAAAUUUCGUCUUCUAGUAGUUCCCUGGCUGAUCAACAACAUCCGAAGAGAAGGAGGAAAGAAAAGAUGAAACUGAAAACACCUACUGUUGCUCUAAUGAGCACAUCUGCUCGCACUAGACCACUUCUGAGUUUCCAGAGGAGAAAGCCAUAUAGAAUGAACACAGCUUUUACUUUGAAUAACCAGGCUUUGCAUCAGGGCAGUACCUUGUAUAAUACAGAAGAGAUUGCAAGCAGCAAAAGAAGUAGUUACGAGUUUAGCACCAAUUCUAGUAUACACAAACAACUCAUGUUGGAACUAGACACCUCAUUCCAUCCUGUUUUAUCAUUUCCUUCAGAUGUUCCUCUACAUGUUCAUUUUAAAACUUUACUCAAGAAAUAUGAAAUCAAAGGUGACACUUUUGAAGGCGCUGCUCUUGGUUUAGCAUUCAAAAUGUCUCCAUUUAAUGUUUUUAAUCAAAUUAAAGCUCCUCUUCAACAGUUGAGCCAUGGAUAUGAAGCCAGUUCUAAACAUCAAAGUAUGGCAAAAGUAUCUGAACUGUUCUCAGAGGGAAGGAAGAAAAGACAUUUAAGCGAAACGUGUGGAGAAAAUGAUAGUUGUGAAGCAUUGUCUUUUAAGCAUGAAGGAUAUAGUAAUUUUACAGCAGCAUCCAAUGUUGACAUGUUAUCUAGAUCUCACAGUAUCUCAUCACAGCUCAAUUCAAGGCGGAGACUGAGAAGUGAAUGUUCCUAUGACAUAGACAAUAUUGUUGUUCCUAUGUCAUUAAUUGCACCAUCAAAACUGGAAAAACUUCAGUAUAAAGAAAUUCUUACCCCAAGCUGGAGAAUAGUUAGCCUAAAGCCUUUAGAAAAACUGUAUGAGGAUGAAGAGAAGGCAGAAGAUCUGUCUGAUGAUGUCUAUGCUGCACGUCAUUCAAAAUAUGAAGACAAAGAAAGAGCACGGUGGUCACUGUGGGAAAAGUGUCGAUGUCCUAGAAGGAAUAGGUCAUAUAGCAGAAAUUUAGAGGAACAAGAUGCAUCACUGAAAGAAAAACAAGCAAAUUCUAAUUUAACAACCUAUAUUUCGGAAAACACUGCAGGCAUAACUUCAGAAGCCUGUAAUUCUCAAUAUUUGGGAACAUCACAGUCUUCAGGAAAAAAAAUAUCAAUGACUCUUCUCUGGAAACAGCGGACUUUUCCACUAAAAAAUGAAGAAGUAGAAGCUUUAAUACCCCAACAUCCGCCAGCAGUUCAUCAAGAAUGUUCAGAUAUGUCUGUUCUUAGAGACUCUGACCAUAAUCCAUACACGGCAUUUAGUUUUCUGAAUGAUAAUCAGCCACAAAAGGAAAGUUCCAUCAUCUCUGAAGUGGAAGACCACCACCAAAUUUACUUGGGGAAAAAACAGACGUGACAGAAAGUAAAGUUACUUAUUUAGAAAAGUAAAUCAAGUGGAAGAAAGAUGUAAGGUAAUAUAAUUUCAUGCUCAUGCAAGCAAUCAUUUUCUUCAUAAUAUUUAUAUUUACAAUAUAUUUUUUUGACUUUUUUUACAGGCAGGAUGAGAAUGCAAGAGCUAUUUAUAUUUAUCUGAAUUCCCAAGAAGAAUGUUUUCUGUCCGGUGGACUAAUAUACCUGUGAAAAGUGGAUGCUCUUAAACUGUAACCUCAACUGCCCCAUCUUGAUCAAAUAUGCAAAGUGUCUACUUAUUGCAAUGAAGCAAAAUAUAUCUUUGCAUAUAGCAAGUGGUAAAAGAAAUCAAUAAUCUAUAAAUUUAUAAAUGAAACACAUACUUGCAUUCAUUAGGCUAGGCAAGUUACAGAUGAGAUAAAGUCAGUUUAAAUGAUUUAAUUUUCUAUACUUCAAUGGAUUUCUCUCCCCCCCCCCAAUUAUUUUAAAGGUAAGUACUAGAAGUAUCUGAGAAAUUCAGAUUUCUUAAGUAAGAGAAUCUACUAUUUCUAUUGCAUUUAAGCAGUAUUUUUACUUAUUUAACUCUUUUGUAUCCCUACAAACACUAUAUAUGUGCUACAAUCAGCGGAUUAUGAGCAUCCAUUUUUGUAUCUUAGAAACUUUAAAUAUACAUGGAAAAGAGAACAUUUAAAUAUAAGCAUUAUGAGCAAGGAAAUAGCUCUUUUAGAUAAUGAUAAGACAGAUGAAAAAGUUCUCAUACAAAUUUCAAAAUGCUGCAUUGCAAUGUUACCUGUAUCCACCAGGGAAUGCUAGGUGAAUAGAUAUUGCACAGGACUGUUGUGUGCAUUUACUGCUACCAAUUCAAGAUGAUAGCUCUUCUGUGAGGAACUAUUGAUGGCUUUUAUUAACAUACUAUUAUUAAGUAUGCUUUUUAAAACUGUCAAGUAAACUUUAAUGGGUAGAUGGCCAAAUUUUAGUGUUUCAUUGUCCCCAGCGGAUUAGAAGUACACUGGCUAAUAUAAAAAUGUUAAGUUGCCUUUUCACACUACAGCCUAUGUUAGAUUGUAGUUUCCUAUAUAUUUUGGUUUUAGCUUUUUAAAUACUUUGUCCAGGAAAUUAACUUUGAAUCUUGCCUCUGAUACGCCAAUUUUCAAUGCAAGGUUUUAAAAUUAAAAGUUAUUUCUCUAUACUACAGUGUGAUGUUAAUGGAUUGAAAUAUGUAUCAAAAAAUGAACAUAAAUAUAGAAUCCCUUUAGUAUUUUGUAUUUAACUAUGACAAAUCAUGAUUGGGAGAUACUGUUGGCUUGGCAUCAAAUGUUUUACAUAAUUGUGAUGAAUAUGAAAUGACAUCCCCCCCCCCUCUGAUUUGCUUGCCAAAGCCAAAGUCUGUAUUUUGUUGGUCAACUUCAUUCCCGGUUUAUCGUCUUACUCACAUUUCUUAAUAUAUAAAUUACUAUGACUUCUAAUAUAUGAGUAUCCAGCCAGAAUGUGAAAAAUGAAAACAUGCAUUCUUUAAAAAAGGAUUUUUAUUUUGUUGAUUUGAUUCUCACUCUUAAAACAGAGCUAAUUCCGAUUUACAUCUUUAUUAAUAUUGGCUAAAAGGUGGGUUUUGAUCAUUUGAAAGAUUAAAUUCUUUUUUCUGGUAAGUUAUUUUUUCAUAGUGAUAAAUUCCUUGUGAAAAUCUUUUGUUCUUACAGUUGCUGACAAGUGAAGGAUAUGUAAUUCAUAAUAUACAUUGCUUGGUCUAUUAUAAAUGCCUGUUUUAUGUGUGCUAACUUCUACUUAGUUAUUUUAAAGAAUUUAAAGACCUAUGUAAACCAUUACAUUGCAUUAUUUUUAACAUAUGCAAAAUUUCCUAGUCAAAUUUAUUAUGUUUUAUCAAAUAUUCUGUUGAAUUCAAUAGGGCUUACUCUUAGCCACAUUUGUACUGGAUUGCAGCCUUUGCAGAUUAAAUAAGAGUCCCUGACCAAAGCCAGAAUUCCUAAAUGUUUGCUAUCAGUUUCAAAAACAACAAAAAAGUAUGCAUUUAACUACCUCAUCUGCCCAACCUGGAGUAAAAAAUAUUUAUUUUAGUUCAA